CACUCCCCCCUGUGAUCCCCGCCAUGGGGUGGUGGAUGAUGUGGCUGCUGUGUGCAUGGGGUGCAGCAUGGAGCAAGACGCUGCGGGGCGGCUUCGUCAGCUCUGCCACACGGAUGGAGCCUUGGCGGCCUGUGGUGAGAUUCCAGUUCCGAGGUGACCAUGCUGUUCUGUGUGUCAGAAUCACCAACGUAGCAGCAGCUGUGACAAAAGAAGCCAGACUUCACCUGUUUCAAGCACAGGAGUGGCAGAAGCUACAGAAUCACAUCCAGGAUCACAGCUGUACAGAGAAAUUCUCUAAAGCUCAACUGACAAUGACUGUGAACCACACAGAGCAAAAUCUGACAGUGUCCCAGAUUCCUUACCCGGAAACAUGGUAUGUGUUUUAUGUAGACAAGUUUACCUGCGAGGAGAAUUAUUCUGAAUCCGAGGAUAUUCAGUUUGAAAUGGUCUUACUAAAUCCAGAUGCAGAAGGGAAUCCAUUAGAUCACUUUAGCGCAGGGGAGUCUGGAUUACAUGAAUUCUAUUUCCUGCUUGUUCUAGCAUACUUUGUAACUGCUUGCAUAUAUGCACAGUCUUUAUGGCAGACAAUUAAGAAGCAUGGACCAAUGCAUACUGUAUUAAAAGUGCUCUCAAUCGCAUUACUGUUGCAGGCUGGUUCAGCUUUUGCCAACUACAUGCAUUUCUCAAGUUAUUCCAAGGAUGGAAUAGGAGCACCUUUUAUGGGAAGUCUGGCAGAAUUGUGUGACAUAGUCUCUCAGAUACAAAUGCUUUAUUUGUUGUUGAGUCUGUGUAUGGGUUGGACAAUAGGCAGAAUGAAGAAAUCUCACAGCAGACCUCUUCAAUGGGAUUCCACUCCAACAUCUACUGGCAUUGCUGUAGUAGUUGUUGUUACACAGAGCUUUUUAUUAAUUUGGGAACAGUUUGAAGACACUAAUCAUCACAGCUACCAUUCACACCACAGCUUAGCAAGUGGACUGCUUAUUGGCCUGAGAGUUUGCCUGGGGUUGUCACUGGCUGCUGGUCUUUACCAGAUCAUCACAGUGGAGAGAAGCACGCUGAAAAGGGAGUUCUACAUCACCUUUGCUAAAGCCUGCAUUCUCUGGUUUUUGUGCCACCCAUGUCUUGCAACCGUUUCUGUAAUAUUCAGAGAAUAUCAAAGGGAAAAGAUUAUUACCAUAGGCGUUAUCCUCUGUCAGUGCAUCUCCAUGGUUAUCCUCUACAGACUUUUUCUCUCACAUAGUCUAUAUUGGGAAGUAUCUUCACUGUCAUCAGUAACAUUGCCACUGACUGUAUCCUCUGGACAUAAAAAUCGACAUCGCUUCUGAGAUGUUUAGGAAGAAUAUGUUAUGUAAAAAAAUGUGCAAUAAUGAUCUAAAUAUGCAGGUAUUUUUGUCACAGGUAUGUGAUACAUUGGUUUCACUGAAAAACCAGGUGAUUGUAUCAGAGCAUUUCAUGGAACUUUGGUCUGACAUGGUCAGUAGGUUAAUCUGUUUAAGUAUUGUGGCAAAAAUGGAGUAAUUUGAGUGGAAAAAUCUGUAAUCGCAGUAAUUUCCUAAAUAUGGUUUGUGUGUGUGUGUGUGUGUGUGUGUGUGUGUGCAGCAACGGGUGCCGAGCCAUAUCACAGGAAAGUGUAAGGAAUCUUUCCUCCCCCAUCCACAGCCACAAAAAAAAAAAACGUCCUUACUUUAUAUCUGUACUAGGUUUGAAAGUCUUAUAAAAGAUGGUUCUUGAAAUGUCUGCAAGUUCAAACAAGUCUGAUAUAGGCCAGUUGUGAAAUCGAUGUGAUGUCUUACAAUGAAUACAAGUUUUUUGGUUGUUUCUUUUUUUUUUUCACGCUUUAGGAAAAAAAGUGUAUUUUAUAUAGAAGUAUAAAGGAAAUGGAAACAAAAGAGGGAAAGUCCACUAAAAACAUAUAUAAAAUGUUUACAGCUAUCUACAGGAAACUUCCCUUUAUCAUUGGUGUGAAAUAAGCUUUUUUGUAUUGGUUAGAACUGUGAUGAAGAUGGGAACAAAGUUUGUGUUUUCCUCUUUUGAAGUAAAUGUAACUAAAAAUUUCACCUCGUCGUGAAGAUCUAAACAAUAUUUGAGGCUUAAGAAGAUACAGCAACAUAAAGGUAAUUAAAACAGCAGGCUCACAUUUACAAAAAAAAAAAAAAAAAAAAAAGCCAAGAGAAAGAAAUGGGUGAUGUGGCACUAGAAUUUUAAUCCUGAUAUAAUUCAUUUCUCUUACAUUGAGGAUUCAAUCAUAAUUAAGCCAUAUACACAGAUUAAAUUAACAGAAGCAUUUCAUAUAAAUGUUGGUUUCAGUCAUCAACUACCCAUGAAUUCCUGCCCAAGGAUACUUAAUCAGGAUUAAAUUUUCUAUGAAUAAUUGAAAAACAAAAUACUCACUGGAUUUGUUAUAAUCCAUGUUGGCACUGAGUUCUAAGUAGUUGCCAUCUUCCAUCCAUUGUAAUAAAGCCAUACUACUUUGUGAUGCCCUUGCAUUCAGAAAAACAGUGUAAAUAUAUACUUUAUUGAAGUGCCUA